ACGCGAUAUUUGUUACGACUCCGUGAUUUGGCCAACAGCGGAUAAUUUUGGAAAGCAAAGAGCUGGCACGAAAUAGCAUUUAUUAGAAGAAUAAACAUCUUUUGAAACAGAACAAAUCUAUUUAUAAAAACAACUAUGGCAGAGACAGACCCCAAAUCGGUUCAGGAUCUGACAGCAGUGGUGCAGACUUUGCUGCAGCAGAUGCAGGACAAGUUUCAGACCAUGUCAGACCAGAUCAUCGACUCACUUGACGAAAUGAGCACGCGUAUAGAUGAUCUGGAGAAGAAUAUAGCAGACCUGAUGACUCAGGCAGGAGUGGAAGAAAUUGAAGGAGAGAACAAGGUCAAAGAGGGAGAGGCCUCUUAGUAGAGGAUGCCGAGUAAAAUAAACUAUACACACUCUUCAGGAGCAGCAAGAUUUUCUUUAUAGUGACAAAUGUUUUGAUUGAUGUGAUACUUUUUUAAUAUUUAAAAAUAAUUACAGUCAGUCCUAAUACUGUGACUGUAUGCUACACUUCUUCCCUUUUCUGCAAUGGAUCGCAAAGAAUUUUUUUAACUCACGAUAAGACAUUCAACUGUAGAACAGAAACCUGCUUUCCUGUAAUAACAGCACUACCCCAAGUGCCAACCUAAUACCAUUCCCUUUCAAGUAAAUUUGUUGUUGAAUUAAAAGUUGUUUCAUAAAA